CGCGAACGGAUUACAAGUGAAACGUAGCAGGGUCCGUUGGCUCCGGCAUAUCGAUCAAUUUUGCAUGCAUUCGUGUACCGGUUGAUUGACAGUAAACACAAAUGAAGCUAACUUUUACUUUACUUGUUGGGUCCUAUGCGUGAGGCUUCUAACUAGGUCUAGCAUCUAUUGGAGGAAACGAGUUUUCGAAUUUCGGUCAGAUAGUUUCCAAUCGAUCCGUUAACCAUGGUAAACUUGGCAUCCAACAGCACCGCCAUCAUUACCGCGGUGGGUAAGCCGAAUGCACGUGGAACACCGCAGUUGGAAAUGGUUCAAACAAUCACCGCAAAAUACCCGACAUUUCGAAACCUUGCUCUCAAAACUGGGUACCUUUGGUUGGCAGGAAAACGACGAGACGAUGGCGCCGAAGGUUUGUGGCGAAUUCACGAUACGCUGUACGAUUUAACGGAGUUUGCUGAUCGACAUCCCGGCGGUGCCGAUUGGAUCCGACUGACACAGGGUACAGACAUAACGGAAGCAUUCGAAACUCAACACGUUCGAAACCAUGCAGAACAGUUGUUACCGGCAUACGAAAUUCGCCGGGCGCAGGUUCCACGGAAUGUUCGGCUGACGUUCAGUGAGCAAGGAUUUUACCGAACUUUGAAGCGACGUGUCGCUGACCGAUUGAGUGAUUUGGAUCAACGGCCUGCGAGAAUUUCGGAAUUUAUUCAGGACUCAUUGUUGGUCACUACCUUUGCCCUCGCAUUCGCGGCCGUUCAGUUGGGUAGCUAUUUGGUAGUGGCUGCAUGUGGGCUGUUCCUCGCUUGGACAAUCAUUUGUGCACACAAUUUUUUCCACCGAAGAGACAACUGGCGGAUGUUGAUUUUCAAUUUAACCUUUUUCAGCUACAGGGAAUGGCGAAUAUCGCACGUGAUUUCGCAUCACUUGUAUACGAAUUCUAUUUUGGAUUUAGAAAUAUCUUACUUUGAACCGUUUCUGUGCUGGUUACCCGACGCUUCCCAGAAAAACCACUUUCAGCGUUUUGGAGCAUGGAUCUACGAACCGCUCAUUUAUGUUGUUAUGUUUUUCUAUGAGCUUGGAAAACGCUUGAUCGAUACGCUGUACUACAGAAGUAAUACAUUCUAUGUGGAAGAUCUGAUUGGUUUCGUGUUGCCAGUUUUUAUGUACGUCACGGGUUCCAGUAGCUUGAAAACGGUGCUGACCAUGUGGUUUUUCAUUGUUUUGCUAGCAAGUUUUGCAUUCGGAACUAUUAGCAUAAAUGCGGCUCAUCAUCAUCCGGAAAGUGUCCACUCAGGAGAUUUGAUUCCUAAGGACAUCGAUUUCGGAAUAUAUCAGCUAGCAACGAUCAUCGACUGUUCCGAAUCGAAAGGUUCUCAGUUUAAGUCGCUUACCAGAUUUGGGGAUCAUUGUUUGCAUCAUCUAUUUCCGACUUUAGAUCAGGGGCUACUGCCCCAGUUGUAUCCAGUAUUCUACGAAACAUGUUCCGAAUUUCAACUGAAAUAUCGAGAGUUCCCCUGGUGGCGAUUGAUUAUUGGCCAGUUUCAGCAACUGGCUCGUAUCGAACCGAUGACCUACGUACCGUCGAAGAUGUCAUCCAGUCAUUAGUAUUCUUGUAGUCCGAAACGUCUAUGUACAUAACAACAAUCGUAAAACCUCAUGUUAAUGUUUUGGAAUGCCUCAAAAUUAGGGAUAAAACAUUUAUUCCAUUUUACUGUAGUAUGUUUGGAACACAAAAAAGGCUGUGGUGUUAUAAUCUUAGAAAAUACGUUUUAACAUAAAAUAAAAAAAACACAAACAAAA